AGCCCGAGUGCACGCUGGUAAACACAGAGACAGACAGACAGACGUGGAGACAGGUGUAGAGAUAGAGAGACACGUACUGUACCUCACCUUGACGUGUGCUGUGAUUGGACACAUAAGGGGGCGUGAACAGUGAGACAGACAAAGACAUCAGGAUGUUGUCCAAAAAAGAGGAGAAGAGGUCUUUCGGCAACGGGCGUCUGAGAGACAAAUGGGAGCAGAGAGCGCAGAGCGAGGCCGACCAGUGCAAACAAGAGUCUGACUGGAAGGAGAAGAGUUCCGUCAAAGUACUUUUCUCCAAGUGGACUUACCACUGGUCUGUCACCAAUGGAGACCAGGCCCAGAUGUCCGACUUCAAGAAACUCACCAGCCGAGCGGGCGAAGCCGACGCAAACAAGCCGAAGAUCAAAUUCAAGGUCGUUCCUCCUCCUCCCAAAUCCAAACCUGAGCCACGUCCGCCCGCGCCUCCGCCCGGGAGGAGGUCGUCUCCCAAGCCUUACAGGCCGAAGCGCCGAGUGGAGGUGGACGUGUUCGGCCUGUGUUGGAAAGAGUCCUGGAAGAGUCUGAAGCCUCCGAAGUAUCUUUACCUGAGGGAGAAGGAGAGAAGAACCAGAGUCCAAGGAUUCACAGCCAUAGAGGUGACGAACAACAGGAUGUACAAACAGGAUGUGAGCCGAUCAGAGCAGGAAGUGACGCCGCCUGCCGAGGAAUGGAGUCACUCGUGGAAACAGGUACUGAGAAAAGAGAGAAGACUUCACUCACACUCGGCCUCAAAGAAAUGA